AUGCUAAAUGCGUGUUGUGGGCCCGCAGAGGAGAUAGGUGAGAGCACUGUCAGCCACCACUUCGUAGUGCAGGCACACCCUUGGCUACUCCCACCUCCAAAGUGGCUGGAAUGGCCACCAGAGAAACAGACCAGGUUAAAGUUAAAAAUGGUCAUGAGCAACUGGAUUAUUAGGAAAGCUCUAACAGAGGAAAAACAAGUGUCCACAAAGACAUCUGCAGCAGAUCUCGUGACAGAAACUGAUCAUUUUGUGGAAAAUUUAAUUAUUUCUGUUCUGAAAGAGAAGUUUCCCUCCCACAGGUUUAUUGCAGAAGAAUCCACUGCUGCAGGUUCAAAAUGUGUCCUCACCGACAGUCCGACCUGGAUUAUUGACCCUGUUGAUGGAACGUGCAACUUUGUGCACAGAUUUCCAACAGUGGCAGUGAGCAUUGGAUUUGCUGUUAACAAAGAGCUUGAAUUUGGUGUAAUUUACCACUGCACUGAAGAACGAUUAUACACUGGUAGAAGAGGUCAAGGGGCAUUUUGUAAUGACAAAAGGCUUCAGGUAUCAAAAGAGACAGAUAUCUCGAAGGCCUUAAUUUUAACAGAAAUUGGUCCAAAACGUGACCCUGCAACAUUGAAAUUGUUCCUUGGUAACAUUGAGAGAUUGCUCAAGGCCCAAGCACAUGGGGUCCGUGUCAUUGGGAGCUCGACGCUGGCCCUGUGCCACUUGGCGUCCGGCGCUGCAGACGCCUAUUACCAGUUUGGGUUGCACUGCUGGGACCUGGCAGCGGCCACUGUCAUCAUCAGAGAGGCAGGUGGCACUGUGAUAGACACUUCAGGGGGACCUCUGGAUCUUAUGUCCUGCCGAGUGAUUGCUGCAGGCACGAGAGAGAUGGCCAUGUUCAUAGCUCAGGAAAUACAAACUAUUCACUACCGACGGGACGACGAGAAUUAAAUACUCAUUGUGCGGAGCUUGCCCUCCUGAACCAUGUAACGUUUGCAAGAUGGGUGUCUUGGAAGGGUACGUGAUUUCAGCAGGAUGAUUUCUGUGGAGAUUUUCUGUGUCAAAUAUUUUUUAUAAAUUUAUUACCAUGUGGGAAGGCAUAGGGAGAUUUUUAGACCUCUAAGAAUCGUGUUUCCUUUUUAAUAUGUAUCUCUUUCAGCAGUAUCUUUU